ACUCGAUUGGCUGCUCGAUUUCUCCGCAGAGCUCGGAGCAUGCUCGUCGCCACGCGCGCCCUCGCCCGGCGGGCGCCCGCGUCGUCGCUGCGCGUCGCGCAUUUGAGCACGGCGUCGGCGCUCGAGGCCGAGUCGGAGCGCUUCUCCAUCUACAAUCCCACCGAAGAACAUGUGGCCCUGCGCCAGAUGGUGCGCUCCUUCGCGGAGCAGGAGGUGGACCCGCAGCGCGCCGAGUACAACGAAAAAGAACAGUUCAACCGCGCGCUCUUCGCGCGCUGCGGCGAGCUGGGCCUCCUCGGCGUCACCGCGGACGAGUCGUGCGGCGGGAGCGGCAUGGACGCCGUCGCCGCGUGCGUCGUCCACGAGGAGCUCUCCGCCGCGGACCCGGCCUUCGCGCUGAGCUACCUCGCGCACUCCAUGCUCUACGUGAACAACGUGAACCUCAACGCGUCCGAGGACCAGAAGCGGCGCUGGCUGCCCGGCGCGUGCGACGGGUCCAAGGUCUGCGCGAUGGCCAUGUCCGAGCCCGGCGCGGGCACGGACGUGCUGGGCAUGCGCACGGCCGCCGUCGACGCGGGGGACCACUACGUGCUCAACGGGUCCAAGAUGUGGAUCACGAACGGCUGCGUCGACUCGGAGACGCUCGGCGACGGCGCGCUCGUCUACGCGCGGACGGGGCCGGGCAGGGCGGACGUGAGCCUCUUCCACGUGGGCCCGGAGAACCCGGGCUUCUCCCUCGGCCAGCGCAUCACGGGCAAGCUCGGCAUGCGCGCGUCGCCGACGGCCGAGCUCGUCUUCGAGGACUGCGUCGUGCCCAAGGAGGACCUCGUCUCCGAGUGGAACGGCGCGGCGCUCUGCAUGAUGCGCAACCUCGAGCUCGAGCGCGUCGUCCUCGCGGCCAUGGCCGUCGGCAUCGCGAAGCGCUGCGUCGACCGCAUGGGCAAGUACGCGGCCGAGCGCGUCGCCUUCGGCCGGCCCAUCGCGGAGUUCGGCCAGAUGCAGCGCCACGUCGCCGAGGGCUACGCGAAGCUCAUGGCCGCGAGGGCCUACCUCUACGCGACGGCCGUCGACCUCGACCUCACGUCCACGGGCAACCGCCUCGACACGGACGGCGUCAAGCUCUUCGCGACGACCGUCGCCAAGGAGGUCGCCGACGCCGCGAUCCAGGUCCACGGCGGCUACGGCUACGUCGCGGAGUACCAGGUCGAGCAGCUCUGGCGCGACGCGAAGCUCCUCGAGAUCGGCGGCGGCACGCUCGAGAGCCACCACAAGAACAUGAUCCGCGACCUCGCCGAGGGCCUGCCCCCGGGCGUCUAGGGAGAGGAACCACCCGCCGCCGUAACUAGAGAUCGGCU